AUAUAACAAUUAACAAACAACACUGCAAUAAUAAUACCCACGUAACAACAAACAGAAACAAUCAAUCGGAAAAAUUCCACCGGCUUUCCUUUACUCUUAUAUAAAAGUGAAAUUUUAUUUAAACGAGCAGAUUGAAAAAAAAUGGCGAGAAGGGAUGAUAGAAUCUCGGAUGUGUUAAUUCAAGAAAUAGAUGAGGGACAACGAUGUUUAGACUGCAAAAACAACUGCGUAGGAUUCAAACCUCAUCCAUGGAGAACUAUCUGCGAUAACUGUAAAUGCGAACGCGAAUGUCAUGAUAUUUACCAUAAUGACAUUGUCAACGUCCGAGAUAGAAUAGGACUGAAAGAUCCAAGACAAUUGAACAAGUCAUCAUUUAAACGGAAUGCUUUGGAAGAAGGAUACGCCUGGAUACCACCCGAUUUAUCUAAUGAUAAAAUACAAGAAUACUUCGCUCAGAUCCCAUCUGAAAAAGUGCCUUUGCUCGGAACUCCAGGGGAGAAACAUCGUGAAAAACAACUCAUCGUUCAACUACCCAAACAAGAUUUUUCUUCGCGUUAUUGUAAGUUUUUAGGAAAGGAAUAUCAACAGCAAUAUGCAGAUUUCAUUAACGAACGACAGAGAACUGCACUCGAUAUUGGUUAUGUCAAAAGCAUUUUGGAGCAGACAUACGAAUGUUAUCAAUGCAAAGGACGUAUGAUUCAUGGAGAUAUAGCAGUGGUUGUUCCUAGAUUAGGUGAGAGAUAUCCAUUCCAUCCGGCUUGUUUCGCCUGUUCUGUUUGUAAAGAGCUGCUGGUGGAUUUGGCUUGCUGCGUAAAAGAUAGAAUGAUAUAUUGCGAACGUCAUUACGCGGAACAGAUCCGAUCCAGAUGUGCAGCAUGCGAUGAGUUAAUCUUUGCCGGAGAGUACACCAAAGCAAUGUCGAAAGAUUGGCACGCUACUCACUUCUGCUGCUGGAAAUGUGAGGAUUCUCUGACUGGACAACGGUACGUAUUGCGUGACGAGCAUCCCUUUUGCAUUCGUUGCUACGAGAGAUUGUUCUCCAACACCUGUGACGAGUGUGGACGCUCCAUAGGUGUAGAUUCCAAGGAUCUUUCUUACAAGGAUAAACACUGGCACGAAGCUUGUUUUUUAUGUAGCAAGUGCCAUACUUCAUUGAUAAACAAACCAUUCGCUUCAAAAGCUGAUAAAGUUUAUUGCACGAGUUGUUACGACGCUGCUUUUGCUACCAGAUGCGAUGGAUGUAAAGAAAUAUUUCGUGCAGGUACUAAAAAGAUGGAGUAUAAGGGCAAACAGUGGCACGAGAAAUGUUUCUGUUGCGUCGUCUGCACAAAUCCUAUUGGAAGUAAGAGUUUUAUCCCUAGAGAUAAUGAUAUAUAUUGCACCACAUGCUACGAGCAGAAGUUUUCUACUCGUUGCACCAAAUGCAACCAAAUAAUAACAACGGGUGGUGUGACAUAUCGCAACGAACCGUGGCAUCGGGAAUGUUUCUGUUGCGUAAAUUGUCAAACGUGUCUGGCUGGAGAACGCUUUACUUCUAAAGAAGAGAAGCCAUAUUGUGCCGAAUGUUAUGGAGAAUUAUUUGCCAAGAGAUGCCACGCUUGCAACAGACCUAUCACAGGCAUCGGAGGAACACGAUUUAUAACUUUUGAAAAUCGAAACUGGCACAACGAUUGUUUUAUGUGCGGCAUGUGUAAAAGAUCGCUGGUUGGAAAGGGAUUCGUCACCGAUGGAUCUGACAUUUUAUGUCCCGAAUGCGCCACACGAAAGUUGUCCCUAUGAAUUACUUAUAUAAUAAAUAAUUUAACAAAAGUUAUAGAAAAAAAGAAAAGAUAUCAGAAAAUCGAUUUUCUAAAUUUAAUUUAUUUUGGUUAAACAAAAUUUUUCGACGAUUCUCCUUUAGUUUGUAACCGAUAAAAUUCUUCUUAAUGAUCUUGCAAAAGUAAAAAAAAAUUAUUAAAAAAAUAAAUAAAUUACAAAAUUUAGC